AUGGAAAAAGAGUCCUCUGAGUCUAAAAGCCAGUCUGGAAGUCCACAUAAUUUUGAUGAUGAACCUCCAGAAGACCAACAAGUAGUCAGCCUAAUUAGACAAGUCAAUUUUAGGAAAUGGUAUUCAAAAGUAACAAUAUUUGUCCAGAAUUUUGAGUUUACCACAGUUGCCCUAUUUGAUUCAGGAGCCGACCUUAACUGUAUCCAGGAAGGUCUAAUCCCUACUAAGUUUUACCAGAAGUCUAGAGAAUCCCUAAGUACUGCUUCAGGAAAAUCUCUCCAGUUGAAUUAUGAAAUCUCAAAAGCCCAUGUUUGCCAAGAUAAGAUCUGUUUCAAAACCUCAUUUGUCCUAGUCAAAAAUAUUACUGAUGAAGUCAUUUUAGGAUUACCUUUUGUUGCCUUAUUGUAUCCCUUUCAGGUAGACUAUGAUGGUGUCAUUUCUACUUAUUUAGGGGAAAAGGUUAAAUUUGAGUUCUUGUCUAAGCCAGAAUUGCAUAACCUGAGAGCCCUGCAGAAACAGUCAGUCUCUAAGUCAGUACAAAUUAUUCGAAAAAAUAGUCAGUUGAAUUUUCUUAAAGAAGAAAUUAGGUUCAAAAGAAUUGAACAACAGCUUAAUGAUACUUCCCUACAGUUGCAAAUCCAACAGUUUGAGACUAAAUUAAAAAAUGAAAUUUGUUCUGAGUUGCCUAAUGCUUUUUGGUAUAGGAAACAACAUGUUGUCCAUCUUCCUUAUAUCAAAACCUUUAGUGAGAAAAACAUUCCUACUAAAGCUAGGCCAAUCCAGAUGAGUCAAGAAAUAAUGGAAUUCUGUAAGAAAGAAAUUCAUGAGUUACUUGAAAAGAAAAUCAUACGCAAAAGUAAGUCCCCUUGGUCAUGUCCUGCUUUUUAUGUCCAGAAAAAUGCUGAACUAGAAAGAGGAGUCCCAAGACUAGUUAUCAAUUACAAGCCAUUAAAUUCGGUCUUAGAAUGGAUUAGGUAUCCCAUACCUAAUAAGAGAGACCUGAUUAAUAGAUUAGAAAAAGCAGUUGUCUAUUCUAAAUUUGAUAUGAAGAGUGGGUUUUGGCAAAUCCAAAUACAUGAGUCUGAUAGGUAUAAGACUGCGUUUGUCACCCCUUUUGGUCAUUAUGAAUGGAACGUAAUGCCUUUCGGUCUGAAAAAUGCUCCUAGUGAAUUUCAGAAUAUCAUGAAUGAAAUUUUCAAUCCUUAUAGUCAUUUCUCCAUUGUCUAUAUUGAUGAUGUUCUCAUCUUCUCUGAGUCUAUAGAGCAGCAUUGGAAACAUUUGCAUAAGUUUCUUCAAAUUGUCAAACAAAAUGGUUUAGUUGUCUCUGCCAAGAAAAUCAAGUUAUUCCAAACCAAUAUCAGAUUUCUUGGUUUUAAUAUCUGUCAGUCACAAAUCUCCCCAAUUGAUCGAGUCAUCCAAUUUGCUGAUAAAUUCCCUGAUCAAAUUCUUGAUAAAAGUCAACUCCAUAGGUUGCAGAGUAAUCCUCCCCCAUGGUCGAAUAUUCAUACUGAAAUUGUUAAGCAAAUCAAAGCCCAUGUCAAGACACUUCCCUGCCUUGGCAUUCCUUCAGUUGAUUCCUUCAAAAUAGUUGAAACUGAUGCCUCUGACACAGGAUGCACAAUGGCACCCAAAAAAGACAAGCAAAAAGAGUCAACCAGCCAAUCUAAGUCAUCCCAGUCGCCUUCCCAGUCGCUCCGAAUCCUCCCUGCAUCCAUGAGUCAAAAUAAGCCAGAAAUCCCCAAGUCGGUGGUUCCUUACCCAGGUCAUCCACCAAUCUCAGUUGCCACACCAAUCUCAGUUGCCAAUAGAUUCUCUGCCCUAGGAUCUACAGUCGGCCAAAUUCGCCCUAGUUAUCAGUCAACCCUAAUCUCCAGUUAUGAUCCCUUCUUUGGUGAUUCCCCUGCUGGACCUUCAGUUGCCCCCUUCAAAAAGUCAUCCCCUUAUAUGCCUAAAAGCACUUCUCAUUUAUUCGUUCUUGAGCCAAUUUAUGAUGUUCAUUCUGAUCCAGUUGAAAUAGCCAAACACUAUUUUCCUCCUGGAUUUCAUUAUAUGCCUCCCAGUUCAUAUAAGUCUCUCAAGUAUUAUAGAGAUAUAUUACUUGAAACCCAAUCAGUUGAAAUUAAGCCGAUAAGGGAUAAAGAUCAUCCUGAGAUUAUCCUUUAUCAUUCUCUUUAUAUCCAUAAGAUUGUAAGCCAAGAAUCCUUCAGUAGCCAUCCCUAUGAGCUAAAAACCCUCCAGUCAAAAUUACAGUAUAAUUAUUCCGAUUAUAUUGAAGCCUGGUACUCUAUCUUCCUCCAUCAAACCGAGGAUUUUAGUCACUCCUGGUUUAUUAAUUUUGACAAUAAGUUCAAAAGUCCUUUUCCCUUCUGGUUCCUCCAUUGGUGGGAAAAGCACGGCCCAAUUGAUGAAAUUUUGCCUAUUUCAGUUCAUGAGUUGAUCCGCCAUUAUACUAAAAAAGCCAAAUUCGCCAAAAAUGAUUUAUUCUUUCCCAAGCAAAUGCUUUUUGUAGCCAGAUAUAAAGUUCCUUGGAUCCUCAAGUGGUCCUACAAAGUUGCCAAAGACUCUACCCGAGUCCUUACCCGCCAAUUCUCAGUUAAAUGGUGGGAUAAAUUUGAAGUUGACAGAAUUGCCAGAUAUGUCUACAAUGAUCUGCCCCAAGAGCCUAUUCCGCGUCCGGUCUCCCCUACUGGUUCGACCCGAUCUUCUCUCUCAGUCGAAGGAAAAUCGAAGUCUGAACUCCAAGAAAUUGCACGUCAGUUGAUCAUCCAAGCCUCCCAAAUGGAUGAUGAUGAAGACAAUGAUUCCCCUUCAUCGUCUAGUUGCCAGCUUAUGCAAAGCCCUGUCAAAAAGAAGUCCUGGUUUGAAGACAGUCAAGACCCAUAUGAUGGGUAUGAUUUGAAUUCUGACUAA